AUGGCAGGAGCUCAGGGGGGGCUCCCGGGUCCCUUCCCAGAGCCCCCAGUUGGGCCAUGCCCCGUCUCCGACUCCGACUCGGACUCCGAGGACACGGCUGUGGGUGGCACAGCACCCGGUGCUGGGGCGCAGAACCCGUCCCAGGUCAUCCACAGUGGCCACUUCAUGGUGUCGUCCCCGCACAGCGACUCACUGCCCCGCCGGCGCCACCACCGCACCGAGCCUGAGCUGGCUGAUCCCCGGAGCAUUGACCCGACCCUCACCCGGCUCUUCGAGUGCAUGAGCCUGGAGUACAGUGGGAAGCUGGUGUCUCCAAAGUGGAAGAAUUUCAAGGGGCUGCGGCUGCUUUGCCGGGACAAAAUUCGUCUCAACAACGCUAUCUGGAGAGCAUGGUACAUCCAGUAUGUGGAGCGGAGGAAGAACCCUGUGUGUGGCUUCAUCACCCCGCUGGAGGGGUCAGAGGCUGAUGAGCACCGAAAACCAGAGGCUGUCGUGCUGGAGGGCAACUACUGGAAACGCCGCAUCGAGGUGGUGAUGAGGGAGUACCACAAGUGGAGGAUCUACUACAAGAAGCGGCUCCGAAAGUCCACCCGGGAGGGAGAGCUCUCCAGUCCAAAGCGGGAUGAGGAUGUCUGGAGGCCAACAGAGAAAUGGUGCAACCAGCUAUUCUGCAACGUGGUGCCCAUGCUGCUUGGGGAUGAGGAAGAGGAGCCAGGGGGUAGGCAGCACUUCGACUUGGACACCUUCCUCUCGGAUAUUUCUGACACCCUCUUCACCAUGACACAGACACCCAGCACCCACCAGGCACUUCCUGAGGAUGCAUAUGUUGGGAAUGCUGACAUGAUACAGCCGGACUUGGCACCCCUGCAGCCCAGCCUGGAUGAUAUGGAGAUCUCAGAUAUCUUCACCAGCCACCGGCCACUGCCAUCACAGACGCAACCGGGCUACCAGGAGCCGCCCUGCUUUGUGCCCAUGGCUGAGCCCCUGUUCAGCGGUGGGGGGUCCCUGAUGGGUGCUCGGGGGCUGCCUGCAAGCCCUGAGGCCCCGCUCCUGCCCAGCACCCUCCUCCAGGUGAGCAGGAUCCUGGCCCGUGGCCUGUGGCUGCCGGUGCCCCAGGCAUCCCCCCUGACCCUCCUGUGUCUCCUGCAGCCCGGUGGUGCCUCCCAGCUUGGCCUCCAAGGUGCCUUCCUGGGCCCCGAGCUCCCCUUGGCUCCCCUGCCUCCUGAGCCACCCACCGCAGCGCCCGGCAGCCUCAGCCCCCAGCUCCAACACAAGCCCCUGCUGCAGUAUGGCCUCCCUGGCAAGUGCCUUGGCCUGGAGCCACCAGGACCCCACUACGCCCCCCCCGUCCCAUCCCCCGGGGCGCCGCUGCUGGGCCCGGACCCCCCAUUCUCCCCCGCCUCGGCCCCCCGCUCCAAGUUCCCCUACGCCAGCUCUACUGGCCCCUCGCUCCUGGCCCACCCCGCCUCCCCACUCUCGGCACCCUGCUUCGCUGCCCACGCCCCGGGGCUGGGUUAUGCAGCAGGCAUGGUGCCCCUGGGGUACCCCGGCCCGGCCACCCCCCAGGUCCUGCCCCCCGCCCUGCUGGGCGACCCCAGGUUUGUCCCCCCCAAGGGGCUGCCCCAGGGCAGGGGUGGGCGGCCGAAGGCGAAGCCCAGCAGCACGAAGGCAAAGAGGAUGCCGGGACCCUCCGCGCCACCCCACCUGGCUGUGCCCAGCGCCUGCCUGAGCCAGCUGCUGACCACAGCCAAGCAGGAGCUGGCCCUGGAUGCCCCAUGCCCGAUGGGUGCAGGUUUCAUGCCCACAUCCCCUGUCUCUCUGCAGCAGAGCACUGCCCCCGAAGUCCGUGCCACCUUCCUCUCCAGAAUGGCCCAAGCGAGCCCAGGACUGGCUCCUGGCUCCAGCCCUUCCCAAGCGGUGCCAGUGCCGGUGCCACUGGCGGGCACCCAGCCGGGCCCACCGCUAGUCCCCAAGGUGGAGCAGCUGUCCCCCACGUCGGCUUGCGGCAGUGACUGGCCCAAGCCUGGCCAGGCUUCCCCAGGAUCCACUGUAGGGCUGGGCACUGGCAUCUCCCUGCACCACCCUGUGUCCUGUCGGGGCAGGCCUGAGUCCAGCAAGAUGGAGAGCCGCCGCAUCACACACAUCUCUGCCGAGCAGAAGAGACGUUUCAACAUCAAGCUGGGCUUCAACACGCUGCACAGCCUGGUGAGCACGCUGAGCGCCCAGCCCAGCAUCAAGGUCAGCAAGGCCACCACCUUGCAGAAGACAGCUGAGUACAUUUGCAAGCUGCAGCAGGAGCGGGCGGCCCUGCAGGACGAGGCACAGCGGCUGCGGGAGCAGAUCGAGGAGCUGAACAGCUCCAUCAACCUGUGCCAGGAGCAGCUGCCAGCCACAGGGGUGCCCAUCACACGCCAGCGCUUCGAUCAGAUGCGCAGCAUGUUCAAUGAGUAUGUCCGCUCCUCCACACUGCAGAACUGGAAGUUCUGGAUCUUCAGUAUCAUCAUCCGGCCCCUCUUCGAGUCUUUCAAUGGCAUGGUCUCCACAGCCAGCAUGGAGAGCCUCACCCAGACAUCUCUUGCAUGGCUGGACCAGCACUGCUCCCUCCCAGCGCUUCGGCCAACCGUCCUGAGCUCCCUCCGCCAGCUGAGCAUUUCGACCUCCAUCCUCAGUGACCCGGCCUGCGUCCCCGAGCAGGCGACACGGGCAGUGGCGGAGAUGGGCCGCGACGGUGGCUCCUCCUAG